AUGGAUCAAGUUCAACAGGCUCCAUAUGGAACCUGGGAAAGUCCAAUUACCCCAGAUCAUUUUGCCUCAGGCUCUGUGAUCCUUGACCAGUUGGACGUUAACCGCUCUAAUGGCAAAAUAUACUGUCUUGAGGUCCGCCCAGCCGAAGAAGGGAGAGGCACUAUUGUGGAAUAUGUUGACGGAACUGCCAAUGAAGUACUCCCGAGCAAUUUCAACGCCUUGUCCCAGGUGCAUGAGUAUGGUGGGGCCUCUUUUGUGACUAGGCAUAGCGAUAACCACAUCAUUUUCACGGAUUUUGAGACAAAGGCUGUCUACGAUCUUGAUCCUAGUACCGGAAAUACCGACAUAUUGGUUCAUGAGGACAAAAAGCUCUAUUAUGCUGACUUUGCCAUUCCGCCGAACGAUGAUAAAUGGAUAAUUGGGAUACAAGAGAACCACCACACAGAUGAUCCUAUAGCGGUUGAGAAUAAAAUUGUUGCAAUCAACGCUACUACUAAAGAGGUCACGAUUCUUGCCAGUGGCUGCGACUUUUACGCCUUUCCACGGUUCAGUUUAGAUGGAACAAAGCUUUGCUGGAUCCAAUGGAAUCAUCCCAAUAUGCCGUGGGACAACACUCAGCUAUUGGUGGCCGAUUGGGAUAACGGUCAAGUCACAAACAUAACCAGCAUUGCCGGAGUCGAGACCAAUUCCAGCAUUACUCAACCUUGUUGGGGUACGGAUAAUACUCUGUACUACGUCGAUGAUAGGUCAGGAUUCUGGCAGCUCUACGAAUACUCCAACGGACAAAGCAGACACCUGAAAUUAAGCGGCCUGGAAGAUGCGGAGUUCUGCUUUACAGACUUUUUUCUCGGCGCUGCAUCAUACACACCAUUAUCGCCGGACACCAUUGUUUCCUUUUACACCAAGAAUGGGACGUACACAAGCAUCGUCAUUGAUACAAAAACCUGCAACUAUCGAGGACUCCAAUGCCCCAUAUCUGAUAUCCUCACAUGUGCCAUCAAGGCGGUGAGUUCGACGGCCGUAGCCAUCAUCGGCUCCACCGCAUCAUCACCCCAAGUGCUUACAGUGGUGGACAUCAACGAGGGAGGACUUGGUCAGGUACUGAAACAUUCGGCUGCUACUCAGUUACCAGAAGAUUAUGUUUCCCAUGCGACUCACGUUACAUUCCCCCGUGUAGCUAAUUCUGAAGGAGGAGAGGCUCAUGGACUCUUCCUGCCGCCCAAAAACCCCAAGUACAAGUGGGAUCAGUCCCUUCCCCCGUUGAUUGUGUCAGUUCAUGGUGGGCCAACAUGCCAAGCUGGGCCUGGCUUUUAUCUACGUGAUCAGGCUUUGACGACUCGUGGUUAUGCCGUACUGCAAGUUAACUACGUUGGCUCCACUGGAUACGGAAAGAAAUAUCGGCAAUUACUCGAUGGACAAUGGGGAGUCAGUGACAUUGCAGAUGCAGUUAGCGCUGUCGAUUAUCUUGCUCGUCAAGGUUUAAUUGACAGACAGAGGGUCGGUUUGACAGGACACUCAGCCGGUGGAUUUUUGACUAUGCAAGGCAUGGUGCGCUAUCCGAAUGUUUGGAGGACAGCCGUUGCUGAGAGUGGCAUUUCGGACCUAAAGAGGCUGAUGGAGGAUACACACAAAUUUGAGUGCCGGUAUCUGCAACCCCUGUGCUGGCCCAAUGGAACAUCUACAGAGGAGCAAGAACGAAUUCUUCUAGAAAGAAGCCCGAUACAUCACUGCGCUAAAAUCCAAAGGCCUAUUUUGUGUUUCAAUGGAACAGAAGAUCCUAUUGUACCUCAAAAUCAAGCAAACGCAUUUGUGGAAACAGUUAAGCAAACAGGUGGAGUUGCAGAAGUGGUGCUGUAUGAAGGCGAAGGCCACAUCUUUGCUAAAGGUUCAAGCUUGAAAGAUAUUGAAGCUCGUCGAUAUGCUUGGUUCAGGAAGUACUUGGUAGAAUAA